AAAGCGUGGUGUUGGUUUUGAUUGUCAAAAUUAUGUUGAAUUCCUCCUCGUAUUUGGCACUUUAACUCACUCCAAAAUGUCACAAGACAUAAGGGCAAGAGGUAGGGGUCGGGCAAGGGGGAAGAGGGCGCGGUACAUUUCGCGGAGGGUUCUACCGAGGAAGAGGAAAACCAUAUCAAAAACCCUUUGAUGAAUUUGCUCGGGAAAAAUACAAAUCCGAACACCACAGCUCAGAUUCACGCCGCCGAUCAAGGUCUCGAUCCAGAUCUUCUGAUCGUGACCAUCGAAAAGAUUCUUACAAAAAAGAUUAUCGUGAUCACAAAGACUCUUCAUCUGGUAGUCACAGAUAUGGAGACAAAGAUCGUAGUGGACGCGGUCGCGAAGAGAAGGACCGUAAUCGAGAUCGCGGACUAAGUCGUGAGAAGAAACGUGACGAUGAUCCUCCCGGCUUCGUUCCUGCUUUCCGUUCCCCUGGCGACCGUCCAGGUUAUCGUGGGAGGGCCAGGGGAAGGGGCAGAGGUAGAGGUAGGGGCAGAGGACGGGGCGGCCCUCCAAGUGAUUCCUCUGAUCAGAAAUUUCAAACACCUCCACCUAUCCAUGAUACCGAGCCUGCAAAACCUCUUCCGCAAGGCACUGUUAUUAGUCCAGGUCAGAGUCAAGUCAUGCAGAGAAAGUCAGUUUCGCCCGAAAGAAGACCUGUGCAUGAGCGACUUGGGCCACAGCCGGCUGGUUUCACGUUUCCUAGAGAUGCCAACGAAUCGAUCAGAAUAACCGUUGGGAAUGAGAAAUUUCAGAAAGAGCGCAGCCCUCCUGUAGUUUUAAACACGGAUCCCACCAUACAGAGGCUGGGUCCACCAGAAGAGCCAAAGACUGUGUUACAAGAAAGUUCUUAUCCUAAAGAUGAUUCUAAAAGCCAUGAAUUUUUAAUCCCUCAGGAUAGAAAAAGAGAGUCAAUGCCAAGGAACAGUGGUCAAACAAGUAGUGAUCCUCCUAUGAACAAGUACUAUGAAAGCGAAAAGAAUAAAUUGCGCUCUCCAGAUCGAAAAUACAAAGAUGACUAUAAAAGCACAUCCUCUGAUAAGUAUAAAAGCAGAUCCCAAGACAGAUACAAGGAGAAGAGAGGACGAAGUCGAGACUAUGACAGACAUAGGGAUAGGAGCCGGAAUAGGGAUAGAGGUAGGAGUCAUGAUAAAGAAAGGAGAAGAUAUCAUGACAGAGAUAGGGACAGACACAGGGAUAGGGACAGGGAUAGAUACAAGAAACAUAGCAGUAGGGACAGAGAUUAUAAAAAGUCAAGGGAGAGGAGUUAUGAGAGGUCCAGGAGUAAAAGACAUUAUGACAGUGAUAGUAGCAGUAGUUCAUAUUCUAGUAGUGGCAGUGGCAGCAGUGGAAGCAGUAGUAGUAGUAGGGAGAAAAGUCUGAAACCUAGGGAUAGAGCUAGCUAUGAGAGAAAAAUACAACCGCAACUCUUAGAAUCUCAGAAAGCGCCACCUCAACUUCAAAGAGAUAUCAGUGCUCAACAAAAUAGCUACACAGGACAAUAUGGAAUGGGCGGAUCUGAAGACAUCUUUACAGCAGACAUGUUAGCUAAACCACCUGUGACUUCUGAACCAAGACAUGCAACACCUAUCCAAGAGGCACAGCGAGAUCAGUCACCUAUGAGGAUGGAAGCUGCAGAAGAUGUGUAUCGUAGUAGGCGUGAACCAUCUCCCGUUGACCAUAGAACAUUAGAUAAUAGAGGUCAACAGUUUUACCAAGAUGAUUUCAAGCCCCAAAAUAUACCUAAGGAACAUGAUGAAGUGCCAAGAUGGGAGCACAAGAGGGAAACAGACAAAUUUUCCUUAUGGGACAUGGGCUCAGGCAGUCCGAUGGGUUCUCGAGGUGAAUUUAAGAUCCCAGGAAUUGAUGAUGAUGAUGAGGAGGAGCAUAUUAGAGGAACAGGCUUUGCAUCUGUGGAAGAUGAAGACCGGUUUCUGUAUGGUGAUGAUGAAGAAGAAUCUAAACCAGUCAAAGAAUUUCCAGUACCUGACAAAGAUCCAAGACAAGGCCAAGUUGUGCAACAGAAAAAGGAUUCACUUGAGUCAUAUUCAUCAGGAAAAGCUUAUGAACAAAGAGGUAGAGACCAGACUUCUCAGGAAGACAUGUAUAAUAAGCGAAAUGAUAACAUUCAUGUGGGUAGCAAACGUUAUGAUAGCAAUCUAAUGGCUCCUUCUCCAGGUAGGAGUUAUGAUCAAAGAGCAUCAAGUUUACCCAGGUAUGAUACUGAUUCCAGACAGAAAGGAGACUCUGACUUGAGGCUUAGAGAUGAUGACUUGUAUAGACAAGAUCCUCAUUCUAGGUCUAGGGAUGAUGGUUUUCGUCAACGAGAAUCUGAUUCUAGGUCCAGAGAUGAUGGCUUGAAUAGAUCAGAUGUUUCCAGAAGGCAAGACUACUGGUCUGGACAUGAUGGAUCACAAAGCCAAGAUAGGGAUUUGUGGGCUAGAGAGGAUGGCCUACAAAGGCCAUAUACAGAUUCAAGGACUAGAGCUAGUAGUAUAGGUAGGCAAGAUAGUGGAUUUAGAGCUGGUAUACCUGGAUUUGAUAUUGAUAGUAGACAACAGUCUCUACAAAAUACUGAUUUAAGACACCAAGAUGUUGAUGAAAGACGCAGCCAUGGUUACCAUUCUCCAGACAGGCGAUCUCGUGAUGACAGAAGUUUCGGAGAAAUCGAUCGGAGUGAAAAGAGAGGUGCACCCGACAGCAACCAGCAAUCUAGUCAUCGUAAGCAACAUGAGGAUGAUUAUGAUAAAAUGCCAGUUAAAGACCAAAAAUCUGAGCCACCGUCAAAACGCAAAAAGUCUGAUGGUGAUACAGAUUUUACUAACCAACAGAUUGUAAACAUACUGUCUGCAAUUGGAUUUGAUUUUGACAAAUCUAAUAUGAUGCAGAAAAAAGAGAAAGCCAGCGAAUCAGAACAUGCACCACCUAUAGAGAACACAAAUCUUUAUGAAGAACAAAAAAAAGCUCACCAGGAAAGAAGAGAACUUUCCCAAGAAAGAAGAGAACUUCCCCAAGGAAGAAGAGAGUUUCCGCAAGAUGAGAGCAGCCCUGCUCGCCCAGAGUCCAACUUUGAUUUUGAUAAAUCAGGGUCUUUCCUCAACAGUGGUGUAGAUACAGACAAUUACUAUGGCCAACAGCAUCGUGAUGAGGUCUAUCACAACACUGGUGCUGCAUUCUCCCAGUCUACUUAUGAUGACAAUAGUCAGUACUGGCCACAGCAAAGCUAUGAGCAGCAGUACCAACAUGUUGCUCAGCAACCAUAUCCCAUGCCGCAGCAACAGCCCCUGCAGCAUCAAUCACAAUCUGAACCUGUGAUGCAGCAAAAUGCUGUCCAACCAAAGGCAGCACCUUUGCCUGGUGUGAGGGAAUCAAACCUUGUCACUGUUCCCAUACAAACUAACAUUACUGUGAAUACAGUAAAAACACAACCCCAGCAGAAUGUGUCCAACCGAAAAAUCUUGAUGCCAAAAAAAGAAUUACAGCAACAACAGAAAAAUAUAGAUAAGAACAGGAGAGGGUCGCAAAAUGAGACGACAAAGAUGGAAAAGAAAAGCCAAGAAGAGUUUGUGAAGAAAGGCCUGGAUGAGGGUAAGAGGAAAAACCAGGAAGAGCUUGAUAAGAAUGAACAGGAGCGAGCCCGCAAAAAAAUUGCUUUAGAAGAAUUAAAAAAAAAUAAACAAGUGUUUCAGAAGCGACUGGAAUAUUUGGAAUCUGAGCUAGACAAACUGAGAAAGCAGGCUGGGGACCUAAUGAGAAAGAAACAAAAACAAAAAGAUGGGCAUAAAGAUCCUCUGCUACUAGAAAAUACCAAGUUACAAGAAGAGAUUGGGAAGCAGAUAGCAUUAUUGAGACAAAAAAUGGACAAAGUACAAGCAGAAUCCAAUAAAACUGAAGAGGACAUUAGUGAAGGAGGUAAACCAGGUGUAAAGCAAGAAAAGACUGAACAGGAAACCAAAGAUGAGCAGGAAUCUGAUCCAAAAUCAACUACAAAUAAAAAGUUAAAGUUUAAAAUGGUGUAUGUCGAUUCACAGAUGCAUUGGUGCCAACCAUGUAAUAUGUCAAUCAAUAAAGUGGGACAAUGGCUUGCCCAUCUUCAAUCAGUAGAACAUGCAAGGAAUGUUGAUACGAAUAGUGAUGCCAGUAAACCAUGGAGACAAGCACUGGCAGUGUCGGUGCCUGAAAAACGAGAUUUAACAGAAAAGUGUGUACCAACAUUCUUUCAAGGUUCUGAGUUUCUGAUGCCGGUCAAUGCAUUUUAUUGUUCACUGUGCAAGACAUUUCCGGGCGACUUCCUGCUUGCUAAUGAACAUUUAAGGACUGAAAGUCAUAAUAAAAAUUACCAGAAAUACUUGGAUGACAACCCUUACUAUGAGAAGAGAAGAGCGCUUGAAAAAGCAGCUUCCACAAUUGCAUUAGCUGCUAUAAAGAAAAAGACAGAUGAACGUGAAGCUUUGUUGAAACGAAAAAAACAAGAAUCUCAAAUGAAAGAAUUGGCAGAAAAGAAAGCUAAGCUUAUGGAGUCCGAAAGGAUUGCUGGACUUGAGGAAUUAGAGAUUGAAAGUGCAGUGACACCAACAGCUGUAUUACCCUCUCUUAAAAAUGCCUCUCCAACACCCUCAUUUACAAAAGGAGGUGGCAUUAAACUCACACUAUUAGGAGGAAAAAAGAACACAAAGGGACCUUCUUUACUUGGCAGUGGACCUUCCUUGCUUGGCAGUGAGCCAAGUAGGCCAGGAAGUAAAACAUUCACUGGCACAGAUCAUUCAAAAGGUAAGAUCAGUAAGGCUGGCAUCACUAUUAAAAUAAGUGGUAAACCUACCAUUCCAGUUACAUGUACAAAUCCAUGGAUUCCAGUCACACAAACUGCAACAAAAGAAACAAUUCCUGUUCGUAUUAAAGAACCUGAGGAGCCAGCACCAUUAAGUACAUUUCUUGGGAUAGAAACAAUGGGGGGAAAAGCUCUUCCUGUCAUUUCUGAUUUUCCCAUCAAACAGGAAGUUUCGAAGACAUUACCUGCUAAGCCAGUCUCUUCUGCAUCUAGUAUUCCUGCAGUGACAUUGUCACAGAGUACAACAAGCACUGCAUCUCCAGCAACAACAAACACAUCUGGUGGUGUUAGUGUUCAGAUGAAAGCAUUGCUAUCUAUGAAAAACAGUGGGACAGCCAAUUUGCCAGUCAACAAAGCAGUGCUUCCAAGUCAACCACCACCACCACUCGGUCACCCACUGCCAUCCAGAUGUCCACCACCUAGUUACCCACCAUCAUUUGGUCAACCACCACCGGUCAUACCUAAUUAUACACAACUUGGACAACCACCGCCACUCAGACCCAGGUACCCACCACCACCCAUUCACCUACACCCACCAAGUCAGCCACCACCACCCAGUCAGCCACCACCACCACCACCCAGUCAGCCAUUGACUAAACAUGAAGAAUCAGAAGAAGAGAUGGAUAUACCAGGUGUAGAAAGAGGCACCAGAUGCAUUUCAAACCUGCCAAAACCCAAACCACCACCACCCAUUUCCCACAGUAGUUUACAUAACAUAAAGGCACCUGCAUCGUCAUCAGCUAAAGACCUUUAUGGUAUUUUCUACAGUCCUUCUGAAUCAGCCAAGCAAAAUGAAGUGUUAAAUGAUGAACUUGAAGGUUCAGACAAUGAUAGUGUCCAUAGCGCUGUCAGCAUACAUUUUGGAAGUGACAUGGAAAUCCUAGAUGAAGUCUAGAUCCAGAUUACACCAUCAUGCAUAUAUUGUCACAAGAUGUGUGUAUUUUAACAAUAUAACAAAACAUUUAAUGUUUGAGUGUCUCACUGUGUGAGCUACAUAUACCAUGAGGAC